GUAAAGAGGCAAACGCAGCUUCACACCACCUGCCCCUCUCUCGCUGCCCGAAAGAAACCAUCUUUCGGCGCAACGAUCGGAACGAUGGCAACGGUCGCAACUCAGGCAUCGGUCACGGUGCUCCGGCCGUGCGCGUCGAAGACCAGAUUCCUCGGUUCUCGGGGCAAGCUCGCGGGAGGGCUCGCGGCGAGGAAUGGAACGACCUCUACUAGCUGGAGGGGCCUCAAGGUGGAGGCCAAGGGCGAGUGGCUCCCCGGUCUCCCCUCGCCGGCUUAUCUCAAUGGCAGCCUCCCCGGAGACAACGGCUUCGACCCGCUGGGCCUGGCAGAGGACCCGGAGAACCUCAAUUGGUACGUGCAGGCGGAGCUGGUGAACAGCCGGUGGGCGAUGCUCGGCGUGGUUGGGAUGCUGGCCCCUGAGGUGUUAACCAAGAUCGGGCUCAUCAACGCGCCGCAGUGGUACGAUGCAGGAAAGGCCGAGUACUUCGCCUCGUCCUCCACCCUCUUCGUCAUCGAAUUCAUCCUCUUCCACUACGUCGAGAUCCGGCGGUGGCAGGACAUCAAGAACCCCGGCAGCGUCAACCAGGACCCCAUCUUCAAGAACUACAGCCUCCCGCCCCACGAUUGUGGAUACCCUGGCAGCAUCUUCAACCCCCUCAACUUCGCCCCCACCGUCGAGGCCAAGGAGAAGGAGCUCGCCAACGGGAGAUUGGCGAUGCUGGCGUUCUUGGGCUUUGUGGUUCAGCACAAUGUGACAGGAAAGGGGCCUUUUGAGAACCUGCUGCAGCACCUCUCUGAUCCAUGGCACAACACCAUCAUCCAGAUCUUCAAGUAAAAUCUGUAAUAACAUCGCCCAGCGGAGUUAUAUAUCUAUCUUGGGACCCCAAUGUCCCAAGGACCACCAUGUAUAUUAAUACUCUUUGUCUAUCUCCUUCCUAAAAGAUAACCCUCCUUUUGCAAUUGUACGUUGCGGAGUUAUUGUCCGUGCAUUCCUCUUUGACGGCUCAGUUAUGUACAAAUUACAUACA